UCUUAAUCCCGGAAAUACAGCCGUGGAUGGUCUGAUCUACAUUGAUCAAAGGCGCAUCACCGACUGAAUCAUGUCGCAAUGGGUUGUCUUUCAUACACACCUCGUAUCCGUAAUGGAAUAACAUGAAACAUCCCCCUGCCUAUGGUCAAAGGGGGCAGUGGAAUGUUUGCGCACCGAUGAUUCUGGGGACCCUUUCUUUCCUUCGGUAGGAUACGAAAUGGGAGGAUGUGUGUUCUGCGAUUCCACUACUAUUGUGUCGGGGUCCAAAAGAGGGUGAGAACACGCUGCGGAGUAAAGAAAAAGAAAAAGAAAUAGGAAAAAAAAAAAAAAUAAGACACGCAACCUCUUCUCUUUCUCCACCCCCGAAGAUCGUUACAACGUCACUCCCGGACAUCCACCAGGUACAGAUUUGGCGUCCACAAGAUGACAUCUCUGAUCUCCGAACGGUGUAAACGCCCUCCAUGGCUCUUACGAUAUCGCUCGUCGACGGUGUUCAUUGUUGCAACAGUAUGGACGUCAUUGUUCACGGACUACUAUCUAUAUGCCAUGGUGAGCGAGGACUUCGGCCGAAUUGCGUGUACUUUCACGAUGCGCCUACUCACAGCAGCUUCAGAUUGUCCCCGUCAUGCCAACAGCCCUGGUUGAUCGUGCCGGCGUCCCAUACCAAGACCGCGAGUACUGGGUCAGUGUAUUACUUAUGUGCGAAGCCGCCGUCGCAUGCAUUUGCUGCCCCAUAUUCGGUUACAUUGUUGAUGUCUCGCCCACGCGCCAAUUCCCUUACCUGCUCGGACUCAUCCUCCUCGGCGCAUCCAUGGUCAUCCUCUCAAUUGCGCAUACAAUAGGCUUGUUUAUUGUCGCCAGAUUGUUGCAAGGCGGCGCGACGGCCAUGGUCGCCGUCGCAGGUCUCGCGCUCUUGACAGACUCCGUUUCGUUCGAUAAUCUCGGCCAGGUGAUCGGCUACCUUGGCUCUUCUGUUGCGCUGGGGUUUCUGCUCGGCCCCUUGAUAGGUGGGAUCCUUUACGAGAAAGCUGGAUACCAAGCGGUUUUCGCGAUGGCGUUCGCGAUCGUCGGUGUGGACUUGCUCAUGCGGAUCGCGGUGAUUGAGAAGAAGGUUGCCCGUCAGUGGCUCCUUGAGGAUUCGGAGACGAGUCAGUCAGGGCCCCACGCCGGGGGAUAUAACACCUUCGCCGGCGCAUCAGAACCAUCGGAUUCCGAGUCACCCAAGUCGAAAAAACCAGCCCUGUUCCUCAUUAUCCGCCAGCCGCGGGUCAUGAUUGCGUCAUGGGCUCUCCUAGUCCACGGGCUCUUGUAUGCCGCUUUCGAUGCAACAAUCCCCGUAUUCGUCGAAACCCGAUUCCACUGGGGACCGCAAGGUGCAGGACUAACAUUCCUCCCCUCAGCUAUCACCGCGUUCUUCGAGCCCUACUUCGGCUACCUCUCAGACCGCUACGGUGCCCGCAAAGUAACACUAACCGGCUUCCUCUUCCUCUCUAUCCCCCUCGUCUGCCUCCGCUUCGUCGAAUUCAACACAACCUCCCACAUCGUCCUCCUCAUCACCCUCCUCACCUUCAUCGGCCUCCUCAUGAACCUGUGCGUGCCCGCCCUCUACGUCGAAACCCAGAAGGUCCUCGAGGACAUGGAGCGCGAGCGACCAGGCAUCUUCGGCAAGAAGGGCGCGGUAGCGCAGGCGUUCGGCGUGCAAACCAUGGCACAAUUUCUAGGACUCUUUGUAGGCCCGCUUUGGGGCGGGUUUAUUGAGUAUCGGUUCGGGUGGAAGAAUAUGUCCUGGACGUUGGCUUUGUUGGCCGGGUUGACUGCUAUUCCGAUGUUGUGGCUCAGUGAUGAGGGUGAGAAGGUGAGGGGAGUUGAGGAGGGGGAAGAAGAAGAAGAAGAAGAAGAAGAAGAAGAAGAAGAGAGGACGAGGUUGCUGAAUGGGGAGGGUGCGUAGGGUUCUCUUUUUGUUGGUUUGCGGUAUGGAUACUCUGUAACAUAUACAUGCAUGGUAUUUGUAUUUGGGUAAUUUGGUUCUGGGUGAAGAAUAGCCCUAGAUACUAGAUAAAAGUCGGUAUACUACAAGAUUAAAUCUGGAUAGAUCUACAUAUUUAAGGGAUAUAUGUACGAAAUGG